AUGGCGAUGGGUAACCUAGAGAUUGCCCAGCACAGGGACACGCUGCGGUACGCCAAGACGAGGAGCGGGGCGUGGAAACCGCAGGUGGUGCAGUACGCAGUAGGGGAUUAUGUGUACUUACAGCGUGAAAUGUUAGACACGCUGGACACGCGGGCAGGGGCGCGGAUCUGCGGGUGCGGUCGGUGGCAGGGAACGGGGUUCUGGAGCUGGAGGGGGCGGACGCGCGCACGGUUAGGGUGCACAUGGAAAGAUGUGCACCCUGUCACCGCGCUGACGUGGACGGGCGGGUCGAUCCCCGGGCCGCAGUACCGCCGCCAGACUUCGCCUGCGGUAGUCAGGACUGGCUGGCGGUGGCAGCUAGGAGGGAAGAGCAGGGGGGUGCUCGCGGCAGCGCCACCGGAGUUGAAGCUGGCGCUGGCGGCGGUGGAGCGGCAGUGGUGCAGGCUGGUGCCAGCGCUGGAGCUGCGUGCGGAGGCACUGGCGAUGGUGCAUUGGUGGACCCAAGCUUGUGACUUGGGCCUAGGAGGGGAUGGGCAGUGUGGUUGA